AUGUCAGAUCGCGAAUUCAGUGCCAACGACGACUUGUCGCUACCUAAAGCGACGGUCCAAAAGAUCAUCACCGAGAUCCUACCUCCCUCGUCCGGCCAGACUUUCUCCAAAGAUGCCCGCGAUCUGCUCAUGGAAUGCUGCGUCGAAUUCAUCACCUUGAUCUCCUCCGAGGCCAACGACAUCAGCGAAAAGGAAGCCAAGAAGACUAUCGCCUGCGAACAUGUCGAGCGCGCCCUUCGUGAUCUCGGUUUCAGCGACUACAUCCCCGAUGUGCUUGCCGUCGCGGAGGAACAUAAAGAGCAGCUGAAGUCACGAGAGAAGAAGCAGAGCAAGAUGGAGCAAAGCGGGUUGUCCGAGGAGGAGCUUCUACGGCAACAACAGGAACUGUUCCGCUCAGCUACCGAGAAGUAUCAUGCUGCUCCGGAGUAA